CCAUUUGCAUUGUCGCGAAUGCAACCUUACCGGGGACUCGCCCGCCUGGGUUCGUGCCGACGCAGCAUCUCCAUCCCGCGUUUGUGGUGCCUUCUGUCAAAUGGUGCACCAGAACUUCGUGUGUACAUAAAACUGACACAGAUGAGGCGCGUUCUCGCUAUCGUUGCGCUGCUGGCGCUGGCCAGCAGUGCUUUCGCGGAAAUCAAGCUGCAACAAGUGGAUCGCAAGAUCAACCUGAACUCACAGUUCGCUCGCAUAUCGGAGGCCGUAAAGGCAAAGAAUGUGGGCGACAAGCCCGUUUCGGAUGUGGUGUUCUGCCAGCUGCUGAACGGAGAUGCAGUGGUGUCGCUCUACAAGGUUGUAAAUGCAGACACCAAGGCGGAGCUGACGGUGUCGCCCACGACUGUGGAGGGCGCGCCUGCCGGCGCCGCCUGCUUCAGCGCCAAGCUGGCCGCGCCGCUGGCCGCCGGGGAUACCGCCAGCCUGACCGUGACGGCGGUGCUGGCCAAGGCGCAGGUGCCGUACCCCAAGGAGAUCAGCCAGACGGAGGGGCAGCUGAUGCUGUACAAGGACAACCUGUACGUGCUGUCGCCGUACGCCGUGUCUGCACAGACCACCGAGGUGACCACCCCCAGCAGCAGCGUCAAGAGCUACACCGACAGCGAGAAGCCGGUGUCCAAGUCCGACAACAAGAUCAAGUACGGCAAGUACGACCUGAUCAAGCCCUGGACCCUGCAGGAGCUGUCGGUGCACUUUGAGAACAACAAGCCCUUCAAGCAUAUUGUGACGUACGUCAAGGAGAUCGAGGUGUCGCACUGGGGCAACAUCUACGUGGAGGAGAAGUACGAGAUCAAGAACGCGGGCGCGCGCCACUCGGGCUCCUUUUCGCGCCUCAAGUACGCGCACUCCUACAACGGCAAGGCCAACUCCUUCCGGGACGUGCGCGCCGUGCUGCCCCCCUCGGCCCGCUCGCUGUACUACGUGGACCUCAUCGGCAACAUCAGCUCCUCCAACACCCGCAAGACCGUGCAGGCGACGGUUGUGGACAUCGACCUGCGCUACCCGCUCAUGGGCGGCUGGAAGGUGGACUUCACCCUGGGCUACUCUGUGCCUCUGACCGGCUUCCUGUUCCACACCAAGGGCGGCCGCCGCAAGCUCACCAUGGACCUGGCCUCGCCGCUGGAGGACGUGUUCGUGGAGGACAUGGUGGUGCGGGUGGUCCUGCCCGAGGGCUCCUCCAAGCUCCAGGCGGUGCUGCCCUACGACAUGGACCAGAGCACCGACGUCAAGUACACCUACCUGGACACCACCGGCCGCCCGGUGCUGGUGCUUCACCGCCGCAACGUGGCCUCGCCCGAGCACAGCGCCAAGUUCAGUGUGGAGUACUCGUUCGCGGCCACCUCCAUCCUGCGCGAGCCGCUGCUGCUGGUCUCUGUGUUCUUCUGCCUGUUCGCGGCCGUGAUCGCCUACAACCGCCUGGAGCUGGUGAUCACGCGCGACGACAAGUGGGCGGCGGCGCGCGACAGGGAGGUGCUGGCAACCUACAUGGAGCAGAUCCAGGCGGCGCUGGAGGACGAGGCCUCCCUCAUGGCCGGCUUCGAGGCCGCCACCCGGGCGGUGCGCGACACCGAGGACGUGGACGCGGCUCAGCGCAAGCGGGCGGCGGUGGAGAAGGGGUGCAAGGACCUGGAGGACAAGGUGAAGCCGCUGCUGGCUGCCGUGGAGUCGCGCUCCGCCCGUGUCGCGGGCCAGGUGCGCGAGGUGCUGGACAAGUCCAAGGCGCUGCAGGCUCGCUACGGCCGGCAGCUGGCGGAGCGGGUGGAGCUGGUCAAGAAGGGCAGCACCAUGGGGGAGAUCAGCCGCAAGCUGGCUCCGGGCCAGGAGGCUUUGGAGGCUGCCCGCCGCGAGCUCAAGAACGCUAUCGACACCGUGUUCGGCGCGUACUGAGCGACCUGCUAGGGGGCCUGUGUGGCAUGAUGAUGGAGGUGGUGUUGUUAUGGAGGUGUGGUGAGAUGAGGAGGUGGCCUUGAAAAGCGGACACGUAGGGACAGGCAGUGACAGGCCGGCCCGCUGCAUACACAGGUGGGAGCCGGAGGAGGUGUGAGGUAUGGUCCAAGCCCCAACGACAUUGUGCUCUUGCCUUCUCCGAUACGCAUUCAAAUAGUUCAUCUGCGUUUAAUAUGGUAUGAUCCUGGUCCCAAGGGUUUAGAGGUACGGGCACGGGUAGGGGGGUGUUGCGUGUGCCUGUGUUGCUCGUCGUGUUUGCAGGGCAGACGGAACCGUGGCAGACGCUGUGCACCCAUUCCAGAGCAUCUUGGUUACAUGUGCCCCUGCCCAACCGGGGUGAGGUAUGACGCCACCACUGCACCCGCCCUUUGGACCUGUGCUGCCGCCCAAAUCAGAGCGCCACUUCCCUGCCCGCCGACCGCCACUACCGCCCGGUAACG